AGGGAACCCCUCCAUCAACUGACAACUCUCACCCUCCAUCCACUGACAACUCUCCCCCUCCAUCCAUUGACAACUCUCCCCCUCCAUCAACUGACAACUCUCGCCCUCCAUCUACUGACAACUCUCCCCCCCCAUCAACUGACAACUCUCCCCCCCCAUCUACUGACAACUAUCCCCCUCCAUCCACUGACAACUCUCGCCCUCCAUCAACUGACAACUCGCACCCUCCAUCAACCGACAACGCUCACCCUCCAUCUACUGACAACCCUCACCCUCCAUCAACUGACAACUAUCACCCUCCAUCCACUGGCAACUCUCACCCUCCAUCUACUGACACCCAUCACCCUCCAUCCACUGACAACUAUCCCCCUCCAUCUACUGACAACUAUCCCCCUCCAUUCACUGACAACUCUCACCCUCCAUCUCCUGACAACUCUCACCCUCCAUCUUCUGACAACUCUCACUCUCCAUCUACUGACAACUAUCACCCUCCAUUCACUGACAACUUUCACAAUUCAUCUACAACCUUCAUAAUGCUGUAA